AUGGAUACAUGCAUCUCCGACGCAAAGCCUAUCAGGGCACGACGUUCGCAUCGGAAGUCACGCUUAGGGUGUGCCAAUUGCAAAAGGCGUCGCAUCAAGUGCGAUGAAAAAAGACCAGCUUGCUCCAACUGUUCAAACCAUUUGAUUGAAUGCAGAUAUAAAAUUACUGCAGAAUCCCCCGGAUUGCAAUCCCCCAAAUGUCCAGAACUUUCCGCCGAGCGACCAAGACGAUACCGACCUCAUCGCUAUGCGACAGGCGGACUCAAACAGACUUUCAGACUACCCAAAACUCAGCCAUCGCGAUUUGUCCAGUCAACCGGAACACAAUGUAGUCUCUCAUCGGGCUUGACUGGCACCAUCUCCUUGGUUGACCUACAACUCUUACACCAUUACACCAUCGACACAUACCGGACUAUGACGAGUGGUCCAGAUCUCCAUAAUGUGUGGCAGAAGCACCUUGUGCAAUGGGGUAUUGAGUCUCCAUACAUUCUGCAUCUUGUUCUCGCUCUAUCUGCCCUUCACCUGGCUCACGAAAAGCCAGACCUUCAAGAUCAAUACAUCCAACAGGCCGACAACCACUUUAGCUUCGGAGUCCGAUCAGUUACAAGCGUGAUCUCCGAGCUAAAUGCCGACAGCUGCCAGAAGGUUUACAUGUCAGCUGUCAUAAUAUGUUUCGUCUACUUCGCCAGAGGUCCACGGCCAGGAGAAUACCUCAUCUUCAGCGAUAACGGACCCGCUGAGUGGCUGGUUCUUAUGCACGGUGUACGAUUGAUUGUUUCAUCUCACCAUGCGAAAGUCUUCAGUGGGAUUCUUGAGCCAGGGUCCAGCGACCGCAGUCGGGACCUAACAGCUGAGAUGCGCAUCAAAUUGCAUGAACAUACUGUACACACAGAAGCAGUUCAACGACUAGUUGAGAGGGAUAUGGCCGUUAAUGAAAUGAGCGGCAGGCACCUGGCUGUUAUUCAAAAUCUCUUCGAAAUCAUGCGCGAGGUUUACGAGAGACGAUCUGGCGGGUCUUCUGGAGUGGACUUGAUGGAUCUCUUGAUGGGAUGGGUUUAUCGUCUUCCCGAAGAGACGAUUGGCUCGUUGGAGCGGAAGGAGCCACAUAGCCUUGUAAUACUGGCGCAUUGGGUUGUGCUUCUGAAGUAUAUGGACUCGGCAUGGUUCAUGGACGGCUGGGCUGAACAUAUGCUGUCGGGGAUUUCUACGUAUCUGCACGAGGACUUUCAUCGGUGGAUUGAAUGGCCAUUAAAGCAGGUGUACCAAACUCAGAUUGAAUAG